CCCUCAUCGCUUACCCUUCCCCUGUCCAGCACUUGUCCUUACCCCUCCCUGUCCAGCCCUCGUCCCUACCCCUCCCCUGUCCAGCCCUAUCCUACCCUCCCCCUGUAUAGCCCUCAUCCUUACCCCUCCCCCUGUCCAGCCCUCAUCCUUACCCUUCCCCUUCCAGCCCUCAUCCUUACCCUCUUCCUGUCCAGCCCUCGUCCUUACCCUUCCCUGUCCAGCACUUGUCCUUACCCUCCCCUGUCCAGCCCUCGUCCUACCCCUCCCCUGUCCAGCCCUCAUCCUUACCCUCCCCCUGUCCAGCCCUCACCUUACCCCUCCCCUGUCCAGCCCUCAUCCUUACCUUCCCUGUCCAGCCCUCGUCCUUACCCCUCUCCUGUCCAGCCUCGUCCUUACCCUUCCCCUGUCCAGCCUCGUCCCUACCCCUCCCCUGUCCAGCCCUCAUCCUUACCCCUCCCCCUGUCCAGCCCUCAUCCUUACCCUCCCCCUGUCCAGCCCUCAUCCUUACCCCUCCCCCUGUCCGCCCCUCAUCCUUACCCUUCCCCUGUCAGCACUCGUCCUUACCCCUCCCUGUCCAGCCCUCUCCUUACCCCUCCCCAGCCCGCGUCCUUACCCUCUCACUGUCCAGCCCUCGUCCUUACCCCUCCCCCUGCCCAGCCCUCGUCCUUACCCCUCCCCUGUCCAGCCCCCCUUCUACAGAGGUCCUCGUGA